AUGACUACAAACGAUAAGACUUCUAGUACAAAUACCACUAAUAACAACAAUGCCCAAUUUUCUCAAAGCAUAGAAUCUGAUUUGUUAUUAUUUGAAUUUAACACACCCUUGCAACAACAAAAAAGUUUAUUAUUAGGCCACACUAGGAGCCGCGACAGUAAUUCUUCUUUUUCUACUAAUAUUAACACAAUUAGUGAAUUAUCCAAGCAAGGCAAUAAUACCUACAGUUAUAGAUAUACCACUAAUAAUAACAACAGAAACAACGGGAACAGCAGUAUUCCAAGUACUCUAAUCGAUAGAACUAGUCACCAUGAAAGUAAUUACGAUGAAUUCAUAAAUGAUCCAUUAGAAUAUGAGGGGGCCCCAAUAUAUACUGGGUAUUCAAAUAGCUUGAUUCUUCCCUCUGAUAGCAAUAGCGGUAUAAAUUUAGAUGAGGAUGAUGAGGAUGAAGAAGCCACAUUGUUAAAUAAAUCUAUUAACAAUGGUAGUAUCGCUACUUUUCAUACUAAUAAUGACGAAUUACUAGACGAUAGAUUACAUAGGUUAAGCUUAGCCUCCAAAGCUAUUCCAUCUAGUAUCAACACUUUACGCAUGAGUGGUGUUGACAAGCCAAUAGUUGGUACUGCAACAAAGAACCCAUCUGCCAACCAAAAAAGAAGUCAUUCUGCAGGGAAUUUGUCACGUUUAGGUAUAAGUGACAAAAUACCUUCUUUGGUACUAGGAUCGGCCACUUUUAAUAAGAAAAGCAAGAAAAAAAAUAUAGAUAGACAUUAUUUAGAAAUACUGUCAAAAUUAAAAAAUAAAGAAAAAACUCAAAAAAUGAAAAAUAAUGAAAAUAUAAUGUACAGCAAAUAUAACAAUUACCUAAGUGAUAUGCUACUUUACAAUGAAGACAGUGACAAGCAUGCUACAAAUAACAACAAAAUAGUAGAGGAGUUGGUUGACCAAUAUUGGAUAUAUGGAGAUGGUCCCUUAAAUGAAGAUAUGUUUGAGUCAUCAAGUGAUGAAGAGGAUGCUUUUACUUUUCCACAGCAUGGUUCAUACAACAAAGAUAAUCUUAGCCAAAUCAUUACAUAG